CAUUCAAAGGGAGCAGGCCAGCCAGCAGGGCGAGCUGAAGUGCUUUCUGGUGCGCGGCAAUUACAACGAGGGCCAUGGCCACCCGUGUCCGUGUGCAAGCACUAGCUCUUCUUCCCCUGUUCCUUCUCUUCUCCCCUGUGCCCGCAGCUGAUAGCAUCAGCGCAGCCUCUCCCGUCGCCGAUGGCCAGACGCUCGUUUCUGCCGGUGGGGUCUUCGAGCUUGGAUUCUUCACCCCGCCGGCCUCGAUGGCGAGGUUCUUGGGCAUCUGGUACAAGGGUAUCGCUCCUCUUACUGUUGUCUGGGUGGCCAACCGGGAAGCUCCCAUCACCGCCGGCACCACCGCGAGCUUGGCCAUCAACGGCACCGGCAGCCUGGUUCUCGCCGACCAGUCGGGACGCGAGUUCUGGUCGUCGCCGCCGUCAAACGUAACCAGCAGCACCCCGGUGGCCCAGCUCAUGGACAGCGGCAACUUCCUGCUUCAGGACGCCAAUGGCACGGGGCCGGUUCUGUGGCAGAGCUUCGACUACCCGUCCGACACUCUGCUCCCGGGCAUGAAGCUCGGGUGGCACCUCACCACGGGGCUCAACCGGUACCUGACGACGUGGGCGAGCCCCGGCGACCCGUCGCCUGGCGACUACACGUUCGCGAUCGGCAUCCGCGGCGUGCCGGAGGGGUUCAUCAGGUACAACGGCACGGCGCCGGUGUACCGGAACGGGCCGUGGAACGGCCUGCGGUUCAGCGGCGAGCCGGAGAUGGCGCCGGACAACGGCAACUUCCGGUUCGAGUUCGUGGCCAACGGCACCGACGCCUACUACACGUUCCUGGUAGACGGCAGCGGCGGCGACGUGGUCUCGAGGUUCGUGCUGAACCAGUCGAGCCUGCAGCGCUACGUGUGGCUGCAGCAGCAGCAGGCGUGGAGCCUCUACUGGGCGCUGCCCCGGGACCAGUGCGACCGCUACGCGCAGUGCGGCGCCUACGGCGUCUGCGACGCGAGCGCCUCGCCGAUGUGCGGCUGCCCCGCCGGGUUCGCGCCGGCCUCGCCGCGGGAGUGGGCGCUGAGGGACGGCUCGGCCGGGUGCGCGCGCAGGACGCGGCUCAACUGCACCGGGGACGGCUUCCUGCCGCUGCGGGGCGUCAAGCUGCCCGACGCCACGAACGCGACGGCGGACGCCAGCGUCAGCCUCGAUCAGUGCCGGCAGCGGUGCCUGGCGAACUGUUCUUGCCUGGCCUACUCUGCGUCGAGCAUCAAGGGGGGCGAGAGCGGCUGCAUCAUGUGGAGCUCGUCGUUGAUCGACGUCAGGCAGUUUGAUUCCGGCGGGCAGAACCUGUUCGUUCGUCUCGCGGCGUCCGAUUUACCUUCCAAUGGAGACAAUCCCAGCAGGAGAAACACAGCAAUUGCUAUUGGCCUCAGCUUAUCCGGUCUUCUUCUUUUCGGCCUCAGCGUAUUCUUUAUGUGGACUAAGUUCUUCACAAGAAAAGGGAGGUACCAGAGCACACGACGGCUCACCUCAUUCGACUCGAGCAACCCUCUCGCUCCGGUCCAAGACAGGAGCAUGGAAGACGAGUCGAGUCAGAGCAAAGGACUACAUGAUGUCACUCUCUUUGACAUGGCCAUGAUUGCCUCCUCCACCGACAACUUCGCGGCGUCGGCCAAGCUCGGCGAAGGCGGUUUCGGCGCGGUCUACAAGGGUGAGCUUGGGGGAGGGCAGAAGGUGGCGGUGAAACGGCUGUCCAAGUACUCGACGCAGGGGCUGGACGAGUUCAAGAACGAGGUGGUGCUCAUCGCCAAGCUCCAGCACGUGAACCUGGUCAGGCUCUUGGGCUGCUGCGUCCAUGGAGAGGAGAGGAUCUUGGUGUACGAGUACAUGGAGAACAAGAGCCUGGACACGCUGCUCUUCGAUAAGGCUCGAUCGGCGCAACUGGAUUGGUCGAAGCGGUUUGACAUCGUACUGGGCGUCGCACGGGGGCUCCUGUACCUGCACCAGGACUCGAGGUUCAAGGUCAUCCACCGGGACCUCAAGGCCGGCAACGUCCUCCUCGACGGGGACAUGAACCCCAAGAUCUCCGACUUCGGCGUCGCCAGGAUCUUCGGCGGCGACGGCGCCGACUCACACACCCGAAGGGUCGUCGGGACAUACGGGUACAUGUCCCCCGAGUACGCCAUGGACGGCGUCUUCUCGGUCAAGUCCGACGUGUUCAGCUUCGGCGUGCUGGUGCUGGAGAUCGUCAGCGGCAGGAAGAACCGGGGAAUGUGCAGCAGCGGCGAGCAGACGAGCCUGCUCGGCCACGCAUGGAGGCUGUGGAGAGAGGGCAACGCGCUGACGCUGCUAGACGAGGCGAUGGCCAGCGGCGGCGGCGGCCGGGAGUCGGAGGACGUGCUGCGGUGCGUGCAGGUCGGGCUGCUGUGCGUGCAGGAACGGCCGGAGGACCGACCGCACAUGGCCACGGUGUUCCUGAUGCUGGCCAACCUGAGCGUGGUGAUGCCACAGCCGAGGCACCCGGGCUACUGCAGCGACCGGGGAUCGACCUCCACCGACGGCGACUGCUCCUUGAGCUGCACCGCCAAUGAAAUCACCCUCACCGUCGUCGAGGGCCGGUGACACCACGCUGCAUUCGGUUUCGGUUAGCUUGGCGAUGAUACUUCGGUAAUUGUAUUACCCAAAUCACAUGUGGCACAAGCGUGACACAAAAUAACACCACCCUGACGUAAAAAUUGUAUUAAAAAAACCCCCAAAACUGAAACUUGCCAUCAAAUAGAAAGCUAACAUGCUUCACAACUAAAGUUGUCACCCUCAGAUAACUGAAGUUGCCAUAAGAAAACGUCGGGAUGAAAUUGCUUCGUGUCACACGUGUGUUAUUUAUCAGUC